AUGGAAUUUGAGUGGUUAUGAGUUAAAUAGUCUGAAGUCCAGAAACCUGGAAAAGUGGAACACGAGAUGUGGAAAGCGUUCCGUGUCAGGGCGAAAGUGAUUUGCGCACAGAGUGAAAUUGGGAGACCUUACUUACACGAAGUAGUAUUCUGUUUCAAUGAAGCGUCAUCACUCGUCGACUGUCCGCCAGAAUACGCUAGUGAUUUACAGUCUUUUCAACCAGAUCUGGAUGUGGAAGAUGAGGAAUCACUUAUGCAGCAGAUGGAGUCUCAAAUCUUGUGUCCAGCCAAGUUCAUCAUUCCUGAUUACCAGAUAGUUGAAGACAAUGCACGACUCUCGAAUUUCCUCCCAUUACUUCCUGAUGAGCUUGAUUAGGAUGAUAAUCAUUGUGUGUGCGUGUGUAUUGUAGAACGUUUUUGACACCAGUUAG